AUGUCGGCCUCAGGAUCCGGUGGUGAUGCCGUGAAGAAGGCCUUCCCUCGUGUCGACCUCGAAGGACACGAUCUGCCUCCCUCCCCCGCCCCUUCUAGCCCUCACGCUGGCAGACGCUACAACAUUGCCACGGAGCUAGUAUACACGGAAGGAAAUGAUCAGUACAAUGCCAGCAGCGUUCCGAUCUAUCAGAGUGCUACAUUCAAACAGACUUCCGGUGGCGGAGGCGGCGAAUAUGACUACACUCGCUCCGGAAACCCUACUCGGACGCACCUGGAGCGACACCUUGCCAAGAUCAUGUCUGCCCAGAGGGCUUUGGUUGUGUCUUCUGGCAUGGCUGCUAUGGACGUGAUUUCCCGCCUGCUUCGUCCUGGUGACGAAGUGGUGACCGGUGACGACCUGUACGGUGGCACGAAUCGCCUCCUGAAGUAUCUGUCCACGAACGGCGGUAUCAUCGUCCACCAUGUUGAUACUACGGCACCCGAAAAGGUGCGCGAGGUCUUGACCUCGAAAACGGCCAUGGUCCUGCUCGAGACGCCGACCAACCCGCUCAUCAAGAUCGUGGAUAUUCCCGAGAUUGCCGCGGCCGCCCACGAAGCGAACCCCAAUUGCAUUGUGUCUGUCGACAACACCAUGAUGUCUCCUCUUCUGCUCAACCCUCUCGAGCUCGGUGCGGAUAUUGUGUACGAGAGUGGUACCAAGUACCUGUCCGGUCACCACGAUCUCAUGGCCGGUGUGAUCGCGGUUAACGACAUGGCUCUCGGCGAGCGACUGUACUUCACGAUCAACGCUUCCGGCUGCGGUCUGUCCCCCUUCGACUCGUGGCUGUUGCUGCGUGGUGUGAAGACCCUCAAGGUCCGGAUGGACCAGCAGCAGACCAACGCACAGCGCAUUGCCGAGUUCCUUGAAAGCCACGGCUUCAAGGUGCGGUACCCUGGACUCCGGUCGCACCCGCAGUACGAGCUGCACCACUCCAUGGCCCGGGGCUCGGGAGCUGUGCUUUCGUUCGAGACCGGAGAUGUGGGAGUGAGUGAGCGGAUUGUUGAGAGCGCGAAGCUGUGGGCUAUCAGCGUCAGCUUUGGCUGUGUCAACAGCUUGAUCAGUAUGCCGUGCCGCAUGAGCCAUGCCAGCAUUGACGAGAAGACCAGACGGGAGCGUGCGAUGCCCGAGGAUCUUAUUCGACUGUGUGUGGGUAUUGAAGAUGUGGAUGAUCUCAUUGAUGAUUUGCAGCGGGCGGCCCGUCGGCAGUUUUGGCCGCCAGCUCGGCCGGCAUCGGAGGGCCCGCCGCUCACCAUGUCGACAAUCUCUGAGCAAUCCAUAUCGACUGAUUGGAACACCAACCGCUUGGGCGCGCGACUGGGAGUCGACGUUGCCAGCGCGGCGACUGCAGGAGCCUUGACAUGCCCGGUCAUCACGGUCAUCGACCGUGCGAUCAUCGAGAAAGCAGCAAAAGGCGUCCCCAUCCGCCAGACCAUAACCUCCUGCUUCCGAUCCAUGAUCACGAAACCCGCGGGCUUUUUCCUCAGCACUCCAUUCCUCCUCAUCUACACGCUGUACACGGCCACCUACCUGACCGCGAACACGAUUGACACGUUCACCUCCACCAUGCGCAACAAGCCCUUCGAAACCGUCUUUCCCGGCACCGCCAAAUUCCUCACCACCACCGCAGUGAACAUGGGUAUCUGUGUAUAUAAGGACGCCAGAUUCGCGCGCAUCUUUGGCGCAUCCUCUCCUGCAUCUGCAUCUGCAUCCACAUCCGCAUCUCCGUCGGCGCCACCGUCAAGAUCCCCAUCCGCGUCCACAUCCGCCCCAGCCUCCUGUCACCCCUCGGGGGCCGCCAAAGUCCCUAAGAUCUCAUACUCUCUUUUCUGCCUCCGCGAUAGCAUCACCAUUUUCGCCUCCUUCAACAUCCCCGCGCUCGUCGCCCCCUCCAUUCCGGACGCCAUUGCCUCCACCCCCGGAAUGAAAGCCGCCCUCGCGCAGUUCUCUUGUCCCGCUCUGAUGCAGUUCGCCAGCACGCCCAUGCACCUUCUCGGUCUGGAUCUAUAUAACCGGCAGCCGCCGGGAGGAUUAGGCUGGCGCGAGCGCGCCUCGCGCAUCCGACGCGACUACAUCCCGAGUUGCUUUGCGCGCAUGGGCAAGAUCGUGCCCGCGUACGGCGUGGGCGGUGUGGUCAAUGUCCGGAUGAGAGCAUCUCUGAUGGACUAUUUGGAGAGGACGAAGAAUUAG